GAUUUUGUGAAGCUGUACCUGCUGAGCCUAACUGUCCAAAUAUUUGCAAGCAUAGGUUCACUGAUGUAGCCAUGAGAGGUAUUCCAGUGGAUGACAUCAACGAAGCUAUUGGCUCUAGUGUUGAGAAAAUUAGUAGCAUUUUGGAGGCUGACUCGGAUGAAGAAGAUCUAUUGGCGCAGAUCGGAGAUUCUGGUUUUGAUGAUGGUAUCAGAUUUAUUGACAUCAUUGUCGAGGGUUGGAUUGAUCACUUAACCAAGAAGAAGAAAAAGAUCGUUUGGAGAGAGCUGUAUGAGGUUGAUAUUGUUUCUCGGGUUCAAGUCCCUCCUGAGAAACCAAGGGAAGAUGAGCCUAUAUCAGUGGCUGAGCUGAAGGCGUCAGUGGUGGAGCUGAAGGCGUCAAUGGAGAAUAAUUUUAAAGAGAUUGUAGAGAAGGUUAAAGGCAUGGAUACAAGAGUGAAAACUCUUGAAGCGAUGGUACUUCCAUCAUGACAGGGAGUCUCCGAUACAGCACCAACACGCUCACCAGUACAAGAUUCAGUGCACUCGCCAGGGCCACUAGACUCAGUGCACUCGCCAGCGCCACCAGCCUCAGUGCACUCGCCAGCGCCACCAGCCUCAGUGCACUCGCCAGCGCCACCAGCCUCAAUGGUAUCUCCACUUGUACCAGAUCCAGCUGUUGCCACCACACCUCUUGCACCAGGACACGGUUCUUCCUCACUUGCACCAGGUUCCUCCUCAGCAUCAGUACCAGCCUCCUCAGCACCAGCAAUAGCCUGCUCACCUGCAUCUUACCCAGAUGAGUUUCUAUACCGAACAUUUGAGGAAGCAAGGGCAGCAGCUUACCAACCUGAUAAAGGACCAUUCAAGAGGACCAAGGCUACUAAGAGGCAUCCGCCGUCUAAUCCAGAGGAACCACGACUUAAGAGGGCUUGCCAACCAGAUACAUGUGAUCCCCUUUUACAGCUGAAAUAAGGGUAAAAGGAUAAAGGGAAGUAGAA